AAGGAGAAGUCUCUCAGGCAGAGAUACCAUCCACACUUUCGAGCUGUUACUAACGAACUGUUAACGGGGAAACUUUCCAGGUAGAAGCAGCAGCCCAGGAGGACGAUGACCAGCUGGAAGAGACCCGACUCAGUGCAGGUAGAGAGAGUGGCCCAUGAAGACAUGUCCUUGUAUAACUGCUCUCUGUGUGCAGGUAGAAGCAGCAGCCCAGGAGGACGAUGACCAGCUGGAAGAGACCCGACUCAGUGCCGCACCCCAAGGUGUGGCGUCGAGCGGUCGGCAGGAAGCCGGUGGAUGGCAAGGUGCCGUCCUUCGUCAUCCAGGACGUUCCCGAGGACCGCGAGGAGGAGCUAGUGGACUUCAUGGAGGAGCAUUUCAUGCAUAAUGAGCCUCUCUGCAAGUGCCUCAACAUAAACAGUGACUCGGCGAGCUUGAAGGAUCUGCGCGGCCUCUGGGAGGAGAUGCUGGCCCAGAGGAUAGCCGUCGUCGCCUUCCUCGAGGACGACGGACCCCGGCCCAGGAUCGCGGGCGCCAACAUGCUGGGCGUCGUCACCCGAGCCGAGAAGAGCGUGAAACACGAGUACGAAGGAGUUGUAAUGAAGUCGGUCGAGAAGCUUCUGGACGACUUGGACUCCCUGGCAGACCCUUUCGAGAAGUACGGCGUGGAAGAGUACAUCGCGGCCAUGGGACUGUCGGUGGCCAAGGAGUUCCAAGGCCAAGGGCUGGGCAAGGAGCUUCUGAAGGCCAGGUUCGACGUGGGCCGGGCCGUGGGGGUGAAGCUGACGGUGACUGCAUUCACCGCCAUAGAGUCUCAGGUGCUGGCCACCAGGGAGGGCUUCGAGGAGUUGGCGCGCAUCGACUACAAGGACUACAAGGUAGAAGCAGCAGCCCAGGAGGACGAUGACCAGCUGGAAGAGACCCGACUCAGUGCCGCACCCCAAGGUGUGGCGGCGAGCGGUCGGCAGGAAGCCGGUGGAUGGCAAGGUGCCGUCCUUCGUCAUCCAGGACGUUCCUGAGGACCGCGAGGAGGAGCUAGUGCAAUUCAUGGUGGAGAACUUCGUGAGGAACGAACCGCUCUCCAGGUGCCUGAACUCAAGCAACGACCCUGUAAGCAUUAAGGAGCUUCGAGAGCAGUGGGUGGAGGUGGUGGCGCAGAAGAUAACCAUCGCCGCCUUCCUCAAGGAAGACGGUCCUCGGCCCAGGCUCGUGGGAUGUAAUUUGAUCGGAGUCGUCACCAGAGCAGACAAGAACAUCAAAAAUGAA